CUCACCCAUGGACGACUCACUCGCUCAUCCAUCCUCUGAACUCAAAAAACCCCAACAGCCCAACGACGAUGUAGGAGAAGACCAAGAAGAAUCUGGUGAUGAAGACGAAGGUACCCUUGACUGGACAAAACUCCUUCCUGCCUCUGCCCGUCCGAUCAUCCCAAAGCGCGGCGAAAAAGAAUUCGAACCCUCCGUCGAGGGUGGUUCUAACCUCCAACAACACAUCCUCAAUCGAUCGCGGAAUGCCAUGUUUGACGCAUUGAAAGCUACGAGGACGAUAUCUCAGAAAUCCCUAUGUUACGGCAUCUACCACCCUUCACUCUCUCGCGUAUCGGUUCCGAUUGCUAGAGGUCAGGUUAUAAAUACGCUUGGGCAUUCUGUACCUCGACCUACGAUUCUUCCCGAUGGAAGCAACAAAAUCCAAAAAAGACUCGAGUUGUUACCGGAAGAAGCGAUAUAUCUUAUCGAACGAGGGUCGUUGUUUUGCUGGAAAGAAUCAGAUGUUGCCUACGGCGGAGAAAGUGAUAACUAUCCGUUUGAGAUUGUUGGAGGUGCACCGAUGGCGGUCCAACAAGCGUUUUCGGAGAUGAUUGGGAAGGAGGGGUUGAGUUUGGAAAAAUACCAGGUCUACUCAUACCUUAAACGCCUAGGCUACUCCAUCACACGUACACACCCACCAAACGAACACUAUCCAACUGCAGAUCCAUUUCCGUACAUGAAACUCCCCGUUGCUCCGCCUCACCCACAAACGAUCAUGAAAAGAGCACACGAAAUCUUCCGUAUCAUUCCGGAUUCCGUAUGCAAGGUUCUCAACUGGGUUUUAGGAAAGAGAGGGUUUACGUGGUGGCGUCCGUUGAGUUUUGGAAGAUGGAUAUGUGGGCGUGUGCGAUACGGAGACAUAUUCAAACAACUACGAUUCAUACCAGCCGGACAUUCCGUUCCUCUCUAUACCCCUCCUCAACCUAUCACCACGGAACCGCAAACGAAACCGGAAUCACCAUACAAAUUCUUUUACAACGUGUACAAACCCCCUACGCCGUUCAAGAAGAGUGCACCGGGUCCACCGGAUUAUCAGAUUGCCGUUGUCAACGCACGAACGACCCUAAUGCCAACCCUGCACGAGCUAACAGCCCUAUACGACAUAUCGCCUGAACUUCCAGUCCCGGUGCCCAAAUACAAAAGACCGUCACCUCCAGGUCAACCACCUCGUGGGCCCAAUCCGUUCAGUGCGUUACGAGCAGGUAAAAAAACCGUCGUUGUAGCUGUCGUUGAUGCAGGAAACGUGGGGUUUUUCAGGUUUGCACAGGGAGAGUGGGGAGAGUGGCCUAUGGUUUCUUGAAGAGGGCCGACUUUCGAAGC